AUGGCAGAAUCGUCAUUCAGACUGCCUAGUUUGCUGAACGUCACCGACGGCAAUGUGACGGAGAACUUCAAGAAGUGGAAGCGGGAAUUCGAAGUCUACAUGACGAACCUGUUAGGGUUGAAAACGGUGCAAGAAACGAACCUGAUAAACAUUAGCACAGAUGCCUUUGUGGGGAAAGUUGAAAAUGAUCUUGGUGAUCUAGGUGAAGCUAAGCUCUACGUAGAAGAAGAUGCCAAACCAGUUGUUUUGCCAGCACGAAAGAUACCAAUCGCCAUCCAAGGCCAAGAUGGACAUCCCGUGGAAUUCGCCUCGCGUGCUCUAACGCCCGCUGGGCGAAAAUGGGCGCAAAUCGAAAAAGAAGCACAAGCAAUUCUAUAUGGACUGACGCGAUUUGACCAAUACACCUUUGGAAUCAAAGUAGUAGUGCAGAACGAUCAUACACCAUUAGAGACUAUUUUGAAAAAGCCUUUGGAACAAGCGCCAAAACGACUACAAGAUAUAAUUAGGAAACUCCUCAGGUAUGACAUCGAGUUGCAGUUUGUGGAGAGCUCAGAUCUCGUGAUCGCUCUGAGUCGUGCAUACCCAGAAUCAAAAGAAAAUGAAACUGCAGAUCGGUUGGACAUUCGAAAUGUCAAAAAUGGUGCAUUCGACCAGUUUCCAGAUGCAAGAAUUCUGGAAAUCAGACGUGCAACAGAAGAAGAUUCGUCAAUGCAAGAGCUUCAGCACUUUAUAAUUACUGGAUGGCCGAAAAAAAGUGACAUUAGUGCUGAACUUGGCCAAUAUCACCCUCUCAGAGAUACUCUCAGUGUGCAAGAUGGAGUGAUCUUCAAAGGUGAAGCAAUAGUUAUUCCAAAAAGCCUGAGAAAAGAAAUGCUGCAAAGACUGCACAAAGCACAUCUAGGUUAUGAUAAUAUGAACAGAAGAGCCCGCGGAACGAUCUUCUGGCCGGGUAUGAGAGCAGAACUGAAAGAGUUCACGAAAAAAAGUGUACAAUGGGAGGACAGAAAACCUCCCCCUCAACAGGAAAAGUUGAAACAACAUAGUGAUGGACUACGACCUUGGGGCAAUGUCGGAUUGGACUUGUUCCAAAUACAGAACAGUUUAUAUCUCGUCGUCCUAGACUCCCACUCAAGCUUCAUCGAAGUGGAUUUUCUGACAGCGGCAACCAGUCAGCAAGUGAUUGACAGAAGGAAGAAUGACAAAAGGAAGAAACACUUUGCUAGAUUCGGAAUUCCCAGAGAACUGAUAACCGACGUUGGACCCCAGUAUAUGUCCACAGAAUUCCGUAACUUUACACAGAAGUGGGUCAUAAAGUAUCACAUCACGUCGCCCCACCACUCAGCAUCAAAUGGUAAAGCUGAGAGUGCUGUAAAAGCCAUGAAGACACUGAUCAUCAAGUGCCACGAGUCGCGUACGGACCCGAUGGAGGCGAUCCUGGAGCAACGAAACACCCCUCGUGCCGACACCAAGAGGAGUCCAGCUGAGAUCGAAAGCUUCGCACCAUGGUACCUUCGCGCGUGA